AAUUGAGUGGAAAAAAUUGUAUAGUCAAAUAAUCUCGUAUAAUGAACUUGUCAUAAACAAACAAACCCAAGUUACACAAACCUGACAAGUUCUUGCAGUAACUAGACAUGGCUUCCUCUGCCGUUUCUCCAGCCCCAGCUUCUUCUUUCAUCAUCAAGAAGGACUUGGGUAGGUUUUGUUUCUCUUCAACAUCACAACUUGCCAUUCACAAAUGCAAGAAAUCAAGCUUUUCCAAGAAAAUUUUAUCGGUCAUGGCACCUCAGCAGUCAGAACGCAGCCCUGCCACCACUGGCUCUGUAAAGACUGCGAUGACAUUGACUGAGAAGAUACUGGCUAGGGCUUCAGAGAAAACCCAUUUGGUCCCAGGAGAGAACGUAUGGGUUAAUAUUGAUAUCUUGAUGACCCAUGAUGUUUGUGGCCCUGGUUCCAUUGGUAUCUUUAAGAAAGAAUUCGGGGAAAGCGCUAAGGUUUGGGACCGUGAAAAGGUUGUCAUCAUACCUGAUCAUUAUAUAUUCACAAGUGAUGAACGUGCAAACCGUAACGUGGAUAUCUUGAGAGAUUUCUGCAUGGAGCAAAAUAUCAAGUACUUUUAUGAUAUUAAAGAUCUUGGUAACUUUAAGGCUAACCCUGAUUAUAAAGGUGUAUGCCAUGUUGCACUUGCCCAAGAAGGUCAUUGCAGGCCUGGAGAGGUUUUGUUAGGUACAGAUUCUCACACCUGCACUGCUGGAGCAUUUGGCCAAUUUGCCACUGGUAUUGGAAACACAGAUGCAGGUUUUGUGUUGGGUGCAGGGAAGCUACUGCUCAAGGUGCCCCCAACUCUUAGAUUUGUAAUGGAUGGUGAAAUGCCUGAUUAUUUGCUUGCAAAGGAUUUAAUCUUACAAAUAAUUGGUGAAAUAUCUGUGGCUGGUGCAACAUAUAGAUCUAUGGAGUUCGUUGGCUCAACUGUUGAAAGUUUAACUAUGGAAGAGCGCAUGACAUUAUGCAAUAUGGUUGUUGAAGCCGGGGGGAAGAAUGGUGUGGUCCCUGCUGAUACUACAACAUUUAAGUAUCUCGAGGAUAAGACGUCUGCUGCCUACGAACCAGUUUAUAGUGAUCAUCAAGCAAGGUUCCUUUCUGAGUACAAGUUUGAUGUUUCUAAGUUGGAGCCUCUGGUGGCAAAGCCGCAUUCUCCAGAUAAUCGUGCUUUAGCCAGAGAAUGCAAAGAUGUGAAAAUUGAUCGAGUGUAUAUUGGAUCUUGUACUGGUGGGAAAACAGAAGAUUUUCUAGCAGCAGCCAAAGUUUUUCUAGCAUCAGGCAAAAAGGUCAAAGUUCCCACAUUCCUUGUCCCUGCUACCCAAAAGGUUUGGAUGGACAUGUAUACUCUCCCAGUACCAGGAUCUGGUGGCAAGACUUGCUCACAGAUAUUUGAAGAAGCUGGUUGCGACACACCUGCUAGUCCCAGCUGUGGUGCUUGUUUGGGUGGUCCUAAAGAUACUUAUGCACGCAUGAAUGAGCCUCAGGUAUGUGUUUCGACAACAAACAGGAACUUCCCUGGAAGAAUGGGACAUAAGGAAGGACAGAUCUAUCUGGCUUCACCAUAUACAGCAGCAGCAUCUGCAUUGACUGGUUUUGUGACUGAUCCAAGAGAGUUUCUGCAGUAGAUUAUGUACUUCUGUAAUUGUAUUUCAUUUUCGACGCUCUAUGAUCAUUAAGGUUCCUUUGCCUUUGUGGAUGUAAGAUGUGAAGAGUCUCAAUGAGAUUUUGUGUAAUAAUAAUGUAACUCUCAAGGAUUUGUCUGGUAGUGGCAUUUGAAAUUAUAUAUUUUUAUUUAGACUAA